AGAUUACUCAUCAGCAGUUCAGAAGGCAAAAAGACACAAUAGUUUAUUCGUACAUCGACAUACACUGUUUUUUUUUUCAAUCAUAGCUGUUUCUCAUAAUGAUAAUGCAAUUUAAAUAUUUUUGCCAAACUAUCAAGUGUUUCCGCCUAUUCUUGACUUACCAUGAUGCCUCUUAUCGUUGGUCAAGAUAAAUUGUCACCCGACAUGCUGUCGCCACAAACUUUUGUAUUUCCUUUCUAUGGCAACGCGUAACACAGCCAAGGAUCAUCUGUCAACACUCCCUAGCGAUAUACAACACAUAGUUUUCAGUCAUUUGACUUUUAAGGAACGAUGGCAUUAUGCCUCUGUAUGCAACGAUUGGCGCUCUGCGAUUUUGGAAUGGCAGGGCAUGUGGGAAAGUUUGUCAAUGGACGAUGGGCACAACAUCGUACCUGACCUCCUCCCGUAUCGAUCGUGCAUCCGUGGAUCUGUUGUAAAACAAAUACGCGUGCAAGCCAGCUAUGACAGAGAUCAUUCGACAGCUGUAAUUAAUUUCUUAACCGAUCUGAAAUGCGACGCGAUUGAAGAAGGUACGUAUAACAACAUAACGGUUGCUACAUAAUAACACUAAAAACUAUUGACAAAGUUGAAAUAUGCUCCAGCCUUGUAAAACAGUCAGAUUUCCUAAAGUUAAUUGGUAUAUGUGGCAGCACACUUGCCCGCGUUUCUAUCGCACACGACGA